AUGAAUUGUCAAAUAGAUGAAGCCAUUAAAAUUGAACAAGGCUUACAUACGGAAUUAAUUAUCAAGGAAGAAAUUAUUGAAAAAAUAUUAGAACCUUCUACUAGUAAUUUAACGACUCAUAUUAGAAAUAAACGUUUUCCAUGUGAGGCUUGUGACAGAACGUUUGCCUCAAAACAAAAUUUAUCAAGGCAUCGACGAACUCAUCCCAAAGAAAAACCAUUUUCAUGUAAUUUAUGUGAUAAAAAAUUUACCCAAAGUCAUCAUUUAAGCAAUCACGAACGAACUCAUAUUGGGGAAAAACCUUUCACAUGUGAUAUUUGUGAUAGAAAAUUUUCUCAGCAAAUCAAUUUAACACAACAUAAACGAACGCAUUCGGGCGAAAAACCAUUUUCAUGCGAUGUUUGUGAUAAAAAAUUCAAUCAAAAUUUUCAUUUAAUUAAACAUAAACGAACACAUACUGGAGAAAAACCGUACUCAUGUGAUGUUUGUGAAAGAAGGUUUUCCGUGUCUCAACAUUUAGUUCAACAUAAACGAACUCAUACUAGAGAAAAACCAUUUUCUUGUGAUAUUUGUGAUAAAAAAUUUAGCGCGCGUAGCAGUUUGAAUUCUCAUAAACGAACUCACCGUCCUAAUUUGGUAAAACAGUCGUAA